AACCCUAGACCAUAAUUGGAAAUGAAAUCUUAUAUAAAGUAAUCUAAGCGCAGCCUCACCGAUUGUAACCCUAAAUCCUUCUUACGGGUCUCACCCACUUUCCUUGCUUUCAAGCUUCACUUCUCUAUCCCAAUUUGCUUCACCUUCUUCUCUUCGCCGUCUCCAAAUCCCUCCCACUGCUUGCCGUUUUUCACCACCGUAAAUGAUGUCCGACGAGGAAAGGGAGGAGAAGGAGCUCGAUCUUACUUCUCCUGAAGUAGUCACCAAAUACAAGAGCGCCGCUGAGAUUGCCAACAAGGCAUUGCAGUUGGUGAUAUCCGAAUGCAAACCAAAGGCGAAGAUUGUUGACAUUUGCGAGAAAGGGGAUUCCUUCAUUAGGGAGCAAACUGGAAAUAUGUACAAGAAUGUUAAGAAGAAGAUUGAAAGAGGCGUUGCUUUUCCAACUUGCAUUUCUGUUAACAACACUAUAUGCCAUUUCUCUCCGCUUUCAAGUGACGAGACAGUGUUGGAAGAGGGCGAUAUGGUUAAGAUUGAUUUGGGUUGUCAUAUUGACGGGUUUAUUGCUGUAGUCGCUCACACUCAUGUGCUGCAAGAAGGUCCGGUUACAGGAAGAGCUGCUGAUGUAAUUGCAGCUGCUAACACUGCAGCUGAAGUUGCCUUGAGGCUUGUGAGACCUGGAAAAAAGAACAAGGAUGUUACAGAAGCAAUUCAAAAGGUUGCUGCUUCCUAUGACUGCAAAAUUGUCGAAGGUGUUCUUAGCCAUCAGCUGAAGCAGUUUGUGAUUGAUGGGAACAAGGUUGUAUUGAGUGUUGCCAAUCCUGAGACAAGGGUUGAUGAGGCAGAAUUUGAGGAGAAUGAGGUGUAUUCAAUAGAUAUAGUUACAAGCACUGGAGAAGGAAAGCCUAAGUUGUUGGAUGAGAAGCAGACUACUAUUUAUAAGAGAGCUGUAGACAGGAACUAUCACUUAAAGAUGAAAGCCUCUAGAUUUAUUUUCAGUGAAAUAACUCAGAAGUACCCUAUAAUGCCUUUCACCGCAAGGGCUUUGGAAGAGAAACGGGCUCGGCUUGGAUUGGUGGAAUGUGUUAACCAUGAUCUUUUGCAGCCAUAUCCUGUUCUUCAUGAGAAGCCUGGUGAUUUUGUUGCUCAUAUCAAAUUCACCGUUUUGCUGAUGCCUAAUGGAUCCGACCGAGUCACAUCUCAUCCUCUGCAAGAUCUGCAGCCUACAAAAACAAUAGACGAUCCUGAAAUCAAGGCAUGGUUAUCAUUGGGCAUAAAGACAAAGAAAAAGGGUGGUGGGAAGAAGAAGAAAGGUAAGAAAGGAGAUAAGACAGAGGAUGCUGAACCAAUGGAUACCACAACCAAUGGUGCUGCAUCCCAAGAAUGAACAUCUACACAACCACAUCCUUAAAAAAAGGAAAAAAAAAAGAAAUUAGUAAUUCCCUUCGCCUUUUUCCUUCAAAUUUGGGUCUGCCCCCACCGUUGAUCUCAUUUGUAUACGAUGAGCAGGUGAGUGUAGUUGCCAAAUUAAAAUGGUGAACGUUCUUUAUUGGGUAUUAUUAAUGAAUCCAACCUCUCUUUUGUAUGGUCGACAUACUUUGCUUUUUCUUCUUUUCUUUUUUUUUCCUCAUUUCAGACUCCAUGGAUGCGUUGUUUGUCUCUCGAGAUGUGCAACUGAAUGAGCCUAAAUUUAUUUUCUUUACUAAUCUUUUCACUUCCUUUC